CAUCUGAUUAACGCUUGUCAGACUAUUGAUAAUAAGUGUUGACAUAGCCACGAUAGCAUUGUGCAUAAACCAUACCUCAGCCUGUUGUACCGCCCCCCGCGCUGCGGAUUCCUUCAUUCUGAUUCUAUAUUGGGGAUGAUAAGCAGGCAAGAUGGCGCUCCUGCUGUCAGUGCCUGGACAGCUUCGUUUUACACAUCCACCUAAACUGCCAAUUUAAUCCAUAACAGCCGGAGAAUGAGCUAUAGGUAGGAUCUUAUGUGCGCAGCACUCCCGAUAUCAGCGAAUUUCCCGCUCGUGCUGGGAGCGUUAUUCGUUUUGUCACAGAGAGCCUUACGGGCCAGAUGAAGUGCCCGUUCUAACGGAAUGGGCCCCGGGAGCCGCUUUGGGUUUGGUGCAGAGGCAGGGGGAGAGCUAUUUAAACAAAACCACAGCAUCACCCUGAUGCAGGAACACCGCUGCGUCUAGGCACAAUUUUUCUUCUCCCCAGUCGGACCGAAUGUAAUAAUAUCGCGGGAGAAAUGCGACUGCUGGAUGUCUCCCCGAGCGCAGCCGCUAAAACAGAACAGAAGAGGGGGUAGAUUCCUCGCGCCCGCCCCAUAUUCUGCCGCGUGCAGCGAAGAUGGAGCAGCGGCCGCUGUGGCACAAGUGGUGCCUUUGAAUCGGGGGGAAAUGCGACGUCUUGCGCGAACAUUAUUCUCUGCUCCUGUUUCAAACGGACUUUAAAUGGUCACUGGCUAACAGGCUAGACGAAGAGGAGGAUGUCCGCGACUUUCUUUCUGUUGGUCAUGUCUUCUUCGUUUUUCAAUCCCAGCUUUGCCUUCAGUUCUCAUUUCGACUCAGAUGGCGCGCCUUUGAGUGAGCUCUCCUGGUCCUCCUCUCUGGCUGUGGUGGCUGUUUCCUUCUCUGGCCUCUUCACCUUCAUCUUCCUCAUGCUGGCCUGCCUGUGCUGCAAGAAGGGAGAGAUCGGCUUCAAGGAGUUUGAGAAUGCUGAUGGAGAGGAGUACCAGGCCGAUCUCUCCACCCUGGCCUCCCCCGCCUCCCAGAGCAGCGCGGACGUCUACAUCCUGCCGCUCACCGAGGUCUCACUUCCUAUGUCCCAGCAGCCAGCCCGGUCAGUCCAGCUGCUGAAAUCCGCAGAUAUGGGCCGGAGGAGCCUUCUGUACAUGAAGGAAAUGGGACAUGGCUGGUUUGGGAAGGUGCUGCUCGGGGAGGUGAACUCUGGCCUGGACUCAUCGCAGGUGGUGGUGAAGGAGCUGAGGGCCAGUGCCAGUGUGCAGGACCAGAUCCACUUCCUGGAGGAAGCACAGCCCUACCGUGCGCUCCAGCAUCCUGCUCUUCUGCAGUGCCUGGCUCAGUGUUCAGAGGCCACACCUUACCUGCUUAUCAUGGAAUUCUGCCCUCUGGGGGACCUGAAAGGCUAUCUGCGCAGCUGUAGGGCAGCAGACUCCAUGACCCCUGACCCCUUGAUUCUCCAACGAAUGGCGUGCGAGAUCUCCUCUGGGAUUCAGCACCUGCACAAACACAACUUCAUCCACAGUGACCUGGCCCUGAGGAACUGCAUGCUGACCUCUGACCUCACAGUGAAGAUAGGAGACUACGGCCUUUCCCACAGCAAGUACAAAGAUGAUUACUUUGUGACACCGGACCAGCUGUGGGUUCCACUGCGCUGGAUUGGCCCAGAGCUCAUUGAUGAGGUCCAUGGAAACCUGCUAUUGGUGGAUCAGACUAAACCCAGUAAUAUCUGGUCUUUGGGGGUGACGAUGUGGGAGCUUUUUGAGUUGGGGAACCAGCCGUACAGACACUACACUGACCAGCAGGUUCUCACCUACGCCCUGAAGGAGCAGCAGCUCAAACUCCCCAAACCACUGCUGGAGCUGCCCCUGUCAGACCGCUGGUACGAGGUGAUGCAGUUCUGCUGGCUGCCAGCUGAACAGAGACCUGACGCUGAGGAGGUGCACCUGCUGGUCACUUACCUGUGUGCCAAGGGUGCAAGCGAGGCAGAGGAUGACUUUGAGAAGCGUUGGAAUUCCCUGCGGCCCAACGGAGGCCACGCCCCCACGGCCCUGGCUCCGCCCCCCGCCUCCUCCUUUCCCCUGCUCCAGCACUUCCCUCCCCACCCCGAGCCUGGCGAUGACAUUCUGACCGUGACGGAGACCAGCCGCGGGCUCAACUUUGAGUACCAGUGGGAGCAGGCCCGCCCCAAGCCCCCGUGUCCCGCCUUGGGCCCGGGCGCCCCCUUCUACCCCCCUGUGCCCGGCAGACUCGCCCUGGGGGUGUCCCCAUCCUACUAUGAGCCCAAACUGCUCCCCCCAGCCAACAUGCUUACUGCCCAGAGCCCAAGCAGUGAGUACUACAUGCACAUGGAGGGGCGGGGGCUGGGCUGCCCCCCCUGCGUGUACAGCCCUGAGUACCAGGGCAGCAGCGGCUCUGCCAGCUUCCUCACCGGCAGCGGGGACUCUGGAGAAUGCCUGGGCUGCCCCGCCCUCACACAGCAUGAUUCCUAUUGGUCAACAGACAUCCGCAGAGCCGCCGCCUAUGACUGGGAUGGCAGCCCCACUCUCUCCCUCACCACAGAGCCCCUCCUGGGCGUAGACCACUGCUCCAGCCCCACCCACCCCUGGGAGACUAGCCCCACCCACUCCUGCUCCAGCCCCGCCCACUCCACCCGGCUCUGGGAGACGGGCCACUAUGUCUCUUACAAGGACCGAGAUGGCGGCUACUACUACGAGCCCCCGUCCUCCCUGGAGGUGGAGCCCUACCUGUUAGAAGGCAUGUCAGAGCCCCCCCAGGAGAGCUGGGGGUCCAGAAGCCUGCGACAGGCCCUGGGGGAGCUGGAGAACCCCCUGGGAAUCUCGCCCUCCAUCUGCAGCCCAAGCCAGGGCUACAACAGCACCCCCUAUCUGCAGACCAAGGCCCCUGCAGGGGGCUGCUACUACAGUAUGAUGGAGCCCAUGCGUAACACCAUGCCCCGCAUGGCGAGGGGGGCCACUCACCACCACAUCAACCCCCACUUCACCCCCCCGGGCUGGGCAUCCAACCGCUCCUCCAACAACAACAGCCUGCAAUCUCAACACCUGCCAGCGAGGGGUGCAAUGCGCCACUUCCACUACACUAUGCCCUCGACGGAUGUAGAGGACUCCUGGCCAAUGACAGAGCCCAUGCAGGGCUUGCCCUGUUACCCCCGCCACCCAGCUCCUCUCCCCCCCACCAAAGAGAGACACGCCUACAGCUACCUGUGCCCUGCAGGUGAGGAAGCUCCGCCCCCACCGCUGUGUCCACGCCUCCACACAGAGGCGGGGCCUCAGUUCAUCGACCCGCUCACAGGCGUCCUGGUCAGGAGCUAUGCUGCCCGCCAUCACGAGCAGGAGCGGAGCCUGCGCCCUACUGCCAGAGGGGGCGCUGUUCUGGAUGGGGUUGUUCUCAGGGGCGAGGCUUGGGCGCCCCACCCUGGGGCCCCCGGGGAGCCCGUGUCACUGAGCAGCUGCGCGGUGGACAGCGGGCUGGAGCAGGGCAGCUCUAGCGUCAGUCUGGUGGACAUCUGCGACUGCAGCGAUGACGAUGACAUCACGGACAUCACCUCGGGCGUGUUUGCUGACUUUCCCCCAGGGGGCAGCGAUUCAGGGGAGAGGGGAACCCCAGAUCUGAGCCCCACCCAGAAGCAGGCGGGGACCCCAGACUCCAUUGAGUCCAUUGACCUGCCAGCUAGCCCUGCCCUCCAUCCUUCCAGCCCCUCCAACUGCACCCCCCUAACACCCAUCGCUUUCCCCCCCCCCAGCCCCCCCAAAGCUCUGGACAGCGGCUACGACACUGAGAAUAACGAGUCCCCGGAAUUUGUGUUGAAGGAGCCACAUGAUCUGCGGGAUUCGGAAGGGUCAGUCCCGCCCUCAGGAAAGCCCGUCCCCAUUGGGGAAGCCGAUGUGACUUCGCCCCCUGCUGCUGAACCGGAGCUGAGCAGGCUGUGUGAGAACACGCCAUACAGAGACUCUGCCUACUUCUCUGACUGCGACACAGAAGGUGAGCGUGCUACGCUGGACCAGGGGGCAGACCCUGUGGGAACCACGCCCAUGGAAGAGCCGUGUAACCAGCAGGCGGGGUGGGAGGAAGGGCUUCUCCCUGGAGUUCCGCCAGAGAUGGGGGAGGAGUCUCCCACUGAGUGUUCCGCCCCCUCUGUCUCCCCCUGGCCCACUGCAGGGGAGGAGUCUCAGCAUGAAGGCCCCGCCUCUGACUCCACCUCUGAAGAGAGCAGAGGUGCCAUAUUGUUGGAUACGAAAAAGCAGGAGGGAACCAACAAAGAGCUGCCGGAGUUUGAGCAGGUGGAGCAGAUAGUGGAGGUGAUGGAAGUAAAUGAGGUGGAGGUAGUAAAGGAUGUGGAGGAGGAGAAGGAGGUGGAAGAAGAAAAAGAAGUAAAGGAGGUAGAUGAGGUAGUGAUAGUGAAGGAGAUUGAGGAAGUAACAGAAUAUGUGGAGGAGAAGGAGAUGUACAAGGAGGCAAAUAAAGUAAAAGAGGAGGUGAAGGUAGUGGAGGACAUGAAGGAGACAGAUGAGUUAAAGGAGGAGGUGGAAGAGGAGGUGGAGGUAGUGAGAGGUUUUAAGGAGGAGACAGAUGAGAUUAGGGAAAAGGUGGAGGAGGAUGUAGAGGUGGCAGUAAUGACAGAGGUUGAGGUACUGAAGGAGGUAAAGGAGGAGGUGGUGGAGAUAAAGGAUGAGGUGAUGGAGGAGGUUGAGGUGGAGACAAUGACAGAGGUUGAGGUAGUGAAGGACAAUGUGAAGGAGGUAAAGGAGGAGGUGGUGGAGAUAAAGGAGGAGGUGAUGGAGGAGGUUGAGGUGGAGGCAGUAACAGAGGUUGAGGUAGUGAAGGAGGGAAAGGAGGACUCCUCUCCAGGUGCUUUGAUGGAGGAGGUGUUUGGUCCCCAGAAGCCCAGGGGCAUUGUUUCGUCCCUGCUGGGGGGCAGGGUCUCCCCCGGGGAUGGGGAGGGAGGGGACUCGGAGGACAGUGAGGAG